UCUCUCUCUCUCUCUCUCUCUCUCUGAAAAAAUGGACGAACGCAAGCCUGAAAAAAUGGAGGAAGGCGAUGACAAUAAGUGUCAAAGACAACGGACUGGCAUCCCAGUUAACAUAGCAGAAAACUGGUUCCGACAAUUCCAGUACGACCCCAGCUGCGACUCACCGGGCGAGGUGCGGAACAUCCUGCUGAUCAUUGCUACCCUGAUCGCGGCGGUCACGUUCCAGUCAGGCGUGAACCCUCCCGGCGGGAUAUGGCAAGACAACGACGAUGGCCACACAGCUGGCAGAGCGAUUUACGCAUCUAAUCAGAUCGCCUUUUAUGUGUUCUUGGUCUCCAACACUUUCGCGCUCUCCACUUCUCUACUUGUCAUUGUCUGUCUCACUUACAGGUUCCCACUCCACUUCGAGAUAUGGGUGGCCACGGCCUCGAUGAUGGUGACCUACGCGUCGGCGAUCUUUGCCGUGACGCCACAUGACUCGGUGAGGUUCCGCUAUGUGCUGAUCGCAGGGGCGUUGCCAGUGAUAUGUCGGUGUGUAUUCCAGACGUGUGGGAAGCUCCAGAAUAGACGCACGCAGGGACCGGACAGCAAGAGCCAGGAGUGUGGAGCGCCGCCCAAUGCCCGGGGGUAACAAAAGGAGACAAGGAGGUGCUCCUGUUUAAAAAGCUAUAUAUCUGUGAGCUCCGUGUUUUUCUCUCCAUGCAAGUUUUUACUUAGUUGGAUAUAAAUAUGAAUUUCAUGGACAUGUAAACUUAAUUAAAAUUAAUGUGGGUGAUGUUCGUAUUUGGAAUGUACCAUUCAGAUCUGUUGUAUGUUAAAUGUAUUUGCAUUUGUUGUCUUC